AGUGUAGGGGAUUUACAGUAAAAGACCCGUAGACCAGUUAUGAUGAUAGAAGACUCAGAGUCAGGAAUAUAAUUAAUAGAAUCGAAUUUAGUGAAGAAAAAUAGUUAUUAGUUUGGGCAGCAGAAGUCAGCUUCAGCAGGAGCUCCACAGGCCGACUUUCAUUUCAUUUGAAAUGCAGUUAUAUUUAAGCUGACAGAGUCAACUAACUACGUCAGUACUUGGGUAAGUCAAGCUCACAUGAUUGUUUAUUAAUAGAUAAACAAGAACACAAAGAUCUCAAACAAUUCUGGAGUCAUGAGACAGGAAACAGUCCUAUAGACUAUCAAAUAUGACAGGCAUAUACUACAAUACAAAUAAAAACAUGACGUCAUGUCUGUCUCGUGAUUCUCCACUCUUUCUCACUUUCCUGAAACAAUACCAUCACACACACACACACUACUCAAGGGUAGACUGUGUGCUAACAGAAGAUGUUUUUGAUGUAGAUGAUGAGUCUCUUCACAGUGAACUAGCAGGACGAGAGUGUCUGAGCAUUCAUUACAGACUUAAACCAUCAAUUAUUUUCUACUUUCUGUAUCAAAAAGGUUGGUGUUAAUCGUGCUUAAAUCAUCCAUUUAGAAGAAGAUAAUGCCGAAUAAUAAUUGAUUCAUAUUUGUCAAAACCACAUAAAAGUUUUUCUAUUUGAAGUAAGGUGAAGCCACAGCACCGGUCCCUUCGAAGCCUGUCCGGGAAACCGCCCUUAUAUCACAUACACUUCCUUAUUUUACAUUACUUGAACACUAAUUCUUCAUUGAAACUCGAUGUUGCUAUUUUUGCACUUGAUGGUGCUAUUUUUGCACUUCUAGUUAGAUUUCACAGACAUUGCCCUUUGUGAAUAAUUACAAUAAAGUUUUUAUGUGUAAAUAAAAGGUUGCAAAGUAUUUAAACUAUGAGUCAACAUAAUGACAGUCACAUCGAGUCAGAUGAACUGGUGAUCCAAAUAGUGUUGUAAUAAAAAGCUUUGUGUAGCUCUUACUGUCAGUGUGUGUGGGGUUAUAGAUCAAAUCCCAUCUGUCUGGUACAAGAACAUGUCGGUCUGUAAAGAAAUAUACAUGAGUCACCCCCUCUUUUUAAAUGUCUUAUAUCCUUCACUAAAAAAGACGAGAAACUUGAUGUGCUCGCCCAAUAAUAGAUGCCUUCAAACUUCAUGUGUGAUUUUUCCUGUGCUGAUUUAGUUUCUCAGAAGUGAACUCCACCUUGGGUCUCUGUGGUUUAUGCAGAACCCAGCUGUUUAACAUCAUGCCAUUCUAUGAAACCGUGCAACUUGGCCUUCUUAGAAGUCACAAACUAAUUUCAGGUUUACUCUGCAAAAAUAAAAGAUCAGACCACUGUGAUCUCUUUCAUGUUACCCGCCCUGUGACCAAUCACCAUCAUGUUUAAGUUAAGCUCUCUUUUAAUCAAUCUUUUACAUUGACUUAUUAACAAACACACUUUUACAUCUACAAAAAGUAAAAAAAAAAGAAGAAUAUAAAUAGUGUCAGUAAAUCCAAUUUAGUCGAAGACAAAGAAGCUAAAUGUAGUCUCGUCCUUUGUACUUGGAAAAUCUUCACUUUGCGCAACAUGCACGUGAAUUACAGCCAAAAUUUUAACCCCAAAUCCAUAUGACGUCACAAGCUGCCCUUAUAAAUCCAGCUGGAAUAUAAACAACCUGUUGUAGAGAGACGACAGUGAAAGAGAGGAUUACAAGAGAGUUAACUUCUCUCCUGAUUCUCCGGAUGCAAGAAUACAUCAAAUCCUCCAAGAGUUUCUGUUUCAGACGGUCUUCAUUUCCACAUCACUAUCUGAGGAAUCAUGGGACUGUUUGAGGUCUCAGUUAUCGCUCUUCUCUCAUCGGUCAUCAUGACAUCAGCUGAACCCCCCGGAUGCAAGAUUCGGAUCUCAGCUCGAGGACUGGAGAUGUUGAAGUCCCAAACAAAGAAGUUUGUUGAAGAAGAGAUCAGUAACAUCACGAUGCCAGAGAUGCGAGGCUCAGAGGGACGUUUCCAAUACACCAUUAAAAACGUGAAGAUCACAGAGCUGGACCUGACCUCUGACCUGCGCUUCCACCCUGAUGUCGGGCUCAUCUUUGAAGUGCACAACUCCUCCAUCACGCUCAACUUCCAGAGGAAAAUCUUAUACUGGCUUUUUUAUGAUGAAGGUUCUAUCAACGCCUCGGCAGAAGGUGUCAACAUCUUCACAUCCCUUCAUCUGAGUCGAGAUGAGGAGGGACGGCUGAAGAUCUCCAACGCCUCCUGUGAUGCGGUCAUCACUAAGAUGAGGGCCAGAUUCAGCGGCACUCUGGGGAGGGUUUAUGACAUCCUCGCAACCUUCUUGACAACAGGAAUGCGCUUCGUUCUAAACAGACAGAUUUGUCCAGCCCUGAAUCACGCCGCACUGGUUUUGGUCAACCAGCUGUUAGAAACCAUUCCAGUGCGUUCGGAGGUGGACAAUUACGUGGGGAUUGAUUACUCACUGCUGAGUGACCCUGUGGUGACAGGACGCAGUCUUGAUAUGGACUUUAGGGGCAUGUUUUAUGAUCUUAAGAAUGAGAGUAACACUCUAGUGAACUACGCUGUCAAUCCAGUCAUAAGAGAGUAUGAUCGGAUGAUCUAUCUGGCUCUCUCCGAGUAUUUCUUCGACAGCGGACUCUACGCUUACUACACAGGUGGAUUGUUCCAGUUUCAGAUAGCAAAUGAACGGAUGCCGAAGGAUGUGGAGAUGCUGCUCAGGACAACUUACCUCGGGACCAUCAUGAUGCUGGAUCCGGCUCUGAUGAAUCACCCCAUGUCUCUGGAGUUAGAGGUCACCGCUCCCCCUCGCUGCACCAUCAAGACCUCCGGUGCCAGUGUCUCCGUGGUCUCAAACGUCAAAGUUCUGGUCUUGCCUCCGGGAAAAGCUGCCGUUCAGCUAAGCAGCAUGACCAUGGAUGCUAAAUUUAACGCAAAGGUGUCGAUGAAGGGAAAGCGCUUGGCAAUCCAUCUUGAUCUGAGACGAUUCAAAAUCAUCUCAAAUCAAUCUGCUUUGGAAUCAUUGGCUCUGAUUCCACUGCAGGGUCUUCUGAAGACGUUAUUUCAGGUAUCUGUGGUUCCUCUCAUCAACAAUUACACCAAGCGUGGUGUGCAGAUUCCUCUUCCAGACGGGAUCGACUUCAUCGAGGAGGUGGUGGAGUAUCACAAUGGUUACAUCAUCAUAGGAGCCAACCUACAAUUCAGAACAGGACUGCGAGAAUUAAUCACAAAACAGCUGGCAAGCUCUUCAGACAACUCAAUUUGAGAAGGGAAUAAAUGACGCAAAAACAUUAACAUGUAUUUCCAUGAAACCUACGGAUAGAUAUAAUGUUUGGAAAAUAGAUUAUAAACUAACCUUCCAGAAAAAGCAAGAUAUUGGUCAACUUAAACAAGCAUUCGGACCUCAAGAUUGCAUACGUGGAAAAAAAACUGAUUUGAGAUUAGUUUUGGAACUGUACACAACAUACGUUACUUUACACAAGUGAAAUAGUUUUAUGUUGACUUUCCAGUUUUGGACUGAUCACACUGCUGUAAUAUUAAAUGUAUAAACCGUGUAUUUGAUUUUGUACAAGUGUCUAAAAUCAUGUUGGUUUGUUGUUCUCUAAAGUUUAAAAUACUCUUUGUUGGAAAUCAUUUACCUUGAUACCGGUAACAAUAAAGUUGUAGAUAGUAUGAACUAACAAUAAAAAUACCAUUAAUAAAA